GUUCCACAGCGCAUGCGCGAGACGUCACCGUAUUUUUCUAGACGCAGCUGACGAUGUAAACAAGAAAAGACAGUCGAGGGCAACAGGGAUCAAAUAGGCCGGUGUCACCGCAAAUGAUAGCCAUCCUAUGUUCGUAAACGGCCGACAUGGGGCUGCCUGUCACUAUUAAAGUCAACUUCCGGGGGAACGUGAAGAGAUUCCUGGCUCAGGAUCUGGACAAACUGGAGUGGGAAUCCGUGGAAGCCUGGAUCAAAGCUUCUUUUGGGAUCAACCAUUUCCAAGUGAAAUACUUUGACGAGGAUAAUGAGGAGAUUUGCAUAAACAGUCAAGAUGAAUAUGAAGAAGCCAUCAAGAGUGCAGAGAAACAGGGGAACCAGCUCCACAUGAACGUGUACAAGAUGAAAGGGCAGGCCUGUGGAGGCCCUCUGAAGACGGAGGUGAAGGAGCUGAAAGGAGACCUCCGGCCUGCUCCUCCCUAUCCAUCCAGGGUCAAAACUGUGGACAAAGGCACACAGGUCACCCCGGAGAGAGAAGCUGUCACAGUGAAGGACAACAAGGGGAACAAACCAGAAGACGAGCCUCCUCCAAUGUGGUUCAGAUCAUACAUGGAGAAGUUUAAAGACGAGGUGGUGAAGGAGGUGGUGGAGAGGAUGUGCAGUGACUUCUCGGGCCAGUGUUGUACCCACAAAGCUUCUGAUGGGCCCCUCGAGGCCAUUGGGGCUGCUGGUGGCCCCAUUGGACCCAGGCCCGGCCCCUCCACCUCAAACGGCUCUCUUGGCUACACCCCAAACUGCAGCAGCUGCAACAAACUCACCUCUGAAGGGGCCUAUAAGUGCAGUGUGUGCCCGUCCUGCAUCCUGUGUGAGAUGUGCCGACACAGCCAUGACCCCAGCCACAACCUCGUGAGAACCAAGACACCUCUCUCCAUCCCUGAGCAUGGAAUGUCGGGAGAGUUGAGGUUUCCGAGGCGAGGAGACAGGACAGUGCGCAAGGCCGAGCGACAGCGCCUCAAAGCUGAAAGGAGGCAGCUCAGAGCUGAAGUAAAGGAAAUCAAGAAGAAACUGAGACUGGAGAAGAGGGGGCUGCAGUGGAGCGGGCCCUCUACCUCAGGCAGAGCCAACCUGACAAACACGGCCUCCGCAUCCACCCAGGUUCCAGCUCCGCCCCCUCCCGCUGCCUCAGAAACAGCCUCAGGUCCAGCACCAGCCCAAGGUCCCAUCCCUGCCCCGGUCCCCGACCCCCAGGCCUCCAGUCCAGAGGGUCCUGGGGUCUCGCACACGUCCUUGAUGCCCACUAUGGCUGCGUUGUUUCUGGAUGAAAAUCUGCCGGACGGCACCCGUCUGGAGCCUGGAACCAAGUUCAUCAAAUACUGGAAGAUGAGGAACUCGGGCACUAUCAGCUGGACCUCAGAGACUAAGCUAGUGUUCAUGUGGGGGAACCUCGGCCUGGCGUCAGAGGAGAGGAGGGAGGUGCCGGUCCCCCUGCUGCUGCCCGGACAGGUGGGAGUGGUCAGUGUGGCCUUUGUGGCUCCUGUGAUGGAGGGGACGUACACCUCCCACUGGCGGCUGGCGCACUGCGGGUGUCAGUUUGGCCCGCGUGUCUGGUGCAGCAUCGUGGUCGACCCCGGCGACAGCCGCAACACACUCGGGCAUCAGAGCAAACGACUGAAAGAGGAGGUGAAGCCAGCAGAGAAGAAGAAGGAGGUCAGGUCUAAGGACAGCGGCCCCAGCUUUGCUGUAGACCUGAACCACGAAGACCUGUACUUCCCGUCAGUCGACCUGCUGACUGCACAGGAUCUGCUGUCUUUUGAGUUGUUGGAUAUAAAUAUUGUUCAGGAGUUGGAGAAGGUUCCAAACAACACACCUGUGGCUUUGACACCAUGCAUAUCCCCUCUGCCCCAUGAUGCACUGCUGUCAGAGAAGAGCAUCACGACUCAGACGAAAGACGACGCCGAGGUCACAGGGGUCAGGAAACUUUUUGGAGUGAAGCUGAGGCAGCAGAGGGAGCAGCCGGAGCCUGUAGCCCAGGAGGAGGACCGGGAGGAGGAGAUCAGUGGAGCUCAGUUCCUUUGUGAGACUGUCAUCCGCUCCCUCACCUUAGAGGAAGCCCCCGAUCACAGACCCCUGCGCAGAGCCCAGCACAGCAGCCUCAAACCAAAGGUUGUCUCCCGGGGCUCCAGCUUCCGCUCUGAGAAACCCGUCGAUGUUGAGAAGACAGAGAGAGUGCAAGAAGUGAAAGAGACGAUCUGUGCCGUCAGACUCGAGAGUUCAUUUCUGCCGCCGAACAGCGGGCUCAACCAGAUCAACGGGGACGAGGAGACGAAUCCAGUUUGUCUGCUGGAACCGGCGAGUGAAAACCUGCAGAUCAGCUCGCCUCCUGAUAAAGAGGACGAAGAGGUCAUGGUCUUGAAUGAGAUGCAGAGCAUGAGGGGGCCUGAAGAAGAGAGAGAGGGGGGUGGCAACAAAGGGGAAGACUGGGAAGAGGUCAGCAGCCAAACCUCCUCCGUCUCCUCCUGCGACGAUUACAUCAUCGUCCUCCCAGACUGCUUCGACACCAGCCGGCCUCUGGGUGAGUCCAUGUACAGCUCCGCCAUGUCACAACCCGACACUAAUGCUGCUGCUGCUGCUGCUGCUGUGACCUCAGCUGAUCCAGAUGUAGAGGAGGAGGAGGAAGAGGAGGAGGAGGAGGAAGAAGAGAAAGAGGAGGAGGGGGAGUCAGAGCCUGACGCUGUGGCUCCACUGAGAGAGAGGCAGGAAACAACAGAGGAGGAAGAGGAGGAGGAGGAGGAGGGCGAUGAAGAGGACACACCGGUGAACACCUGGCUUCCAAUCCUCCCUCCGCCUAUCCACAGCAGCGUGAACCAGAUGCUGUGUGCCUCCCAGACCCUGGACGCCACAACGCUCACCCCUGAAGUGGUGCCACCGCCUGUGCUGCCCGAACCUCUGCUUCCCCCACCGGCUCUCUACUCACCCAGGUCUGAAGCACUGUACCUGGCCGAAGACCCCAGUCCUCCAGCCUGUGACCCGUACGAGCCCCCCCAGCCGAGGGUCCACCUGAACGUAUCAUCUGGUGGUCUGUCCAGAUCAGCAGGCUCAGCAUCCAGUGCCUUUGAGACAUAUAACCCCAGACCCAGCAACGCUUUGCAGCCAAGGGGCCAAGGAGGCAUCACAGAGGGGUUCGUCAAGGGGGCCCUUUCUGUGGCAGCAUCCGCUUAUAAAGCCCUCUUCACUGGACCAAACUGUUCAAUACAGCGAGGCAUCGACCCGGCCACCCGACAGGACCCUUCCAUGAUGGCGAUGCUGCUUGAGAUGGGCUUCAGAGACCAGCGGCUCAACCAGCGGCUGCUGAGGAAGCACGGCUACAGCCUGCUGCACACCGUCAACGAGCUGGUGCAGAUGGCCGAGGACAGCCAGAGCAAAGCCAUCAGCACUCUGCACUGAGGGAGGGGAACGCCUGUGGCUGCUUCACUUUAAGGCUUUAAAAGAGUCGUAGGAAGGAUUAUGUUGACUUUAAAAAGAUGAUGUAAAAAAAAAAAAAAAAAAAUAUUAUUUAUAUUAUGACCUGCGUCAUACCUGCGCUCACCCUUUACAGCAUCUGGCUUCAUAUUCAAUUCAAUAAAAGACAAAGAAAUCUCCUUUAAGAGUUGUGCAAUUAAAAGCUUUCCAAAUUAGGAGUUAGAUUAUUUGGAUCCAGAUUAAUAGUAAAAGACAUAAAGUCAGUUUAAGUGUUUAAACAAAUGACGAUUUCUUUCUUGUGCACUUGAUUAGAUUAAAACGGCUUUCCUGCCUUUGCCUUUACUUUAGCUCCAACAUUUCGAUUAAACUAAAUCAUACACACACCUGUAAAUUACUAUGAAUAGCUGUUAACCUUUGCCAUGCCUUGUUGACCUUGGCCGUAGAGCCUUCUGUGUUGGUGUACCGCUGCAGGAGCUGUGUUUGUGACAGGACAAAAAAGUGCGUAUUCCAGCUCUUCAUCUUAGUGUUUGUGUGGCUGUCGUAGCUGCUUCCUCGGCGCUGAAAAAUAUUUGUCUUCUGACAGGGCUUUGGCUUGAUUCUUCUCACAAAUAGAGCAGUAACAAUUGUUGAAUGUCACACUAAAAAAAAAAAAAAGAUAAGAAAUGUUCUGAAAAAAGCCUGCUCUGAUUUGAGACCUUGCUACUUGAAGCUUCAUGGAUGGUCUGGGUGUCGAGGGGGUGCGGCAGCGCGGUAGUGAGAAAAACCAGAUAUUUAAGACUUCUCUUGAUUAUUGUAGUGAAAUCUGCCUAAACAAUGCAAUCUUUUUCUGUAUCAGAGUACUGUUAUUUUAGACGUUGACAUGUGGAAUGUAUUCAAAACUGUCCGAGCGCAUCGCCGUUCAGACUCGGAUGUUUUCUACCGCUUUUUAGGAGACACCUGCAUGACAGGUAGAGGCUUUAGAGACGAGUCUUGUUCUUGUGGUCUUAGCACAGUCACAGUGGGAUAAAAGAAAAAAAAUUGAGUCUGCUUUGCGUCAUCGUUUAUCUCCCCCUGCCUGCAUUUUCACGUGUCCUCAUUCAGCCGACAACCCAAAAAAAUGAAACCUAGCGACAUUCAUUUAGCACUAAUCCAAGCUGAGGUGUCUCUAACUACACAUUCCUUAAUCUCAUAGUGGAACCAAGUCGACUUUAUUUCAUCACAUUGCCUUUUUGAAACAUGAUUAUUACUUUACUGACAUACAUGUGGUGGUUUUACAUUUGUGGUGUGAGUGUGCAGAUUGAAGUUUGAGUACGCCUGUGUUCCUUUCUUUGUGUGUGUGUGUGUGUGUGUGUGUGUGUGUGUGUAGGGUUGAGGAGUUUUUGGAACCAUAUUUUCUUAUGUUGACGAUCGUCUGUGUUUAAAAAAAAAAAAAAGAACUUGCUCUAGAGAAUAAUUCUGGAUAUAUAUACUGCUGUAUGCUUGUCUCAUUAUUCUUCUGCCACAGAGUGUAUACAUAAAAUACCCUUCUACUGUCAAACAGCCAAUAAACUAUUUGCACAUCCCC